GCACAAGGCACUUAUAGGGCUGGGAAUGGGGGUGUUGCCGCCGCCCAGCCAGCUCCGUGUCCACCGGUCCCCUGUCGGUGCCGCGCUGUCGUCGCGGCGCCCCCGUCCAGCCCUCCGUCCGCGCCGCCCCCAGACCCGGCCGGCGGGGCCCGGAGCCAGGGCCACGUCCCCGCCAUGCCGGCCCAGUGGCUGUUGCUCCUGCUGACGCUGCUGCUGUCGCCGCCCGGCCCCGGGAGUUUUGCAAGUGCCAGCACAGUAACACUGCCUGAAACCUUGUUGUUUGUUUCAACCCUGGAUGGAAGCUUGCAUGCUGUCAGCAAGAGGACGGGCUCCAUCAAGUGGACUUUAAAAGAAGAUCCAGUCCUGCAGGUCCCAACACACGUGGAAGAGCCUGCUUUCCUCCCAGAUCCCAAUGAUGGCAGUCUGUACACACUUGGAGGCAAGAACAAUGAAGGACUGACGAAACUUCCCUUUACCAUCCCAGAAUUGGUUCAGGCAUCCCCAUGCCGAAGUUCAGAUGGAAUCCUGUACAUGGGUAAAAAGCAGGAUAUUUGGUAUGUUAUUGACCUCCUGACUGGCGAGAAGCAGCAAACUUUGUCAUCAGCAUUUGCAGAUAGUCUCUGCCCAUCAACUUCCCUUCUAUAUCUUGGACGCACAGAGUACACCAUCACCAUGUAUGACACCAAGACCCGAGAGCUCCGCUGGAACGCCACCUAUUUUGACUAUGCAGCCUCGCUGCCUGAGGACGACGUGGACUACAAGAUGUCCCACUUUGUGUCCAAUGGCGAUGGACUGGUGGUAACUGUGGACAGUGAAUCUGGGGAUGUCUUGUGGAUCCAAAACUAUGCCUCUCCUGUGGUGGCCUUCUACGUCUGGCAGCGGGAGGGCCUGAGAAAGGUGGCGCACGUCAACGUUGCCGUGGAGACUCUGCGCUACUUGACCUUCAUGUCUGGGGAAGUGGGGCGAAUCACCAAGUGGAAGUAUCCAUUUCCCAAGGAGACAGAGGCCAAGAGCAAGCUGACGCCUACGCUGUAUGUUGGGAAGUACUCCACCAGUCUCUAUGCCUCUCCCUCAAUGGUGCAUGAGGGGGUUGCCGUUGUGCCCAGAGGCAGCACUCUUCCUUUGCUGGAAGGUCCCCAGACAGAUGGUGUCACCAUUGGAGACAAAGGAGAAUGCGUGAUCACCCCCAGCACAGACCUCAAGUUUGACUCUGGACUCAAAGGAAAGAGCAAGCUGAACUACUUAAGGAAUUACUGGCUUCUCAUAGGACACCAUGAAACUCCUCUGUCCGCAUCUACUAAGAUGCUGGAGAGGUUUCCCAACAACCUGCCCAAACAUCGAGAAAAUGUGAUUCCAGCUGAUUCAGAAAAAAGGAGCUUUGAGGAAGUUAUCAACCUAGUUGGCCAGACUUCAGAAAACAUACCAACCACCAUGACUCAGGAUAUAGAAGAGAAGCUGUCCCGUGCCCCUGCCAAGCCUGAGGCCCCUGUGGACUCCAUGCUCAAGGACAUGGCUACUAUUAUCCUGAGCACCUUCCUGCUGAUUGGAUGGGUGGCCUUCAUCAUCACUUACCCCCUGAGCAUACAUCAGCAGCUCCAGCACCAACAGUUCCAAAAAGAACUGGAGAGAAUUCAGCUCCUGCAGCAACAGCAGCUCCCCUUCCACUCACAUGGAGACCUUCCCCAGGACCCUGAGUUCCUGGAUUCAUCUGGCCUCUUCUCAGAGAGCUCAGGCACCAGCAGCCCCAGUCCAUCCCCCAGAGCCUCCAACCACUCCAGCAGCUCUGCCUCCAAGGCUGCCACCAGCCCCUCCCUGGAGCAGGAUGACGAGGAUGAAGAAACCAGAGUGGUGAUUGUUGGAAAAAUUUCAUUCUGCCCCAAGGAUGUCCUGGGCCAUGGAGCUGAGGGUACAAUUGUAUACAAAGGCAUGUUUGACAACCGUGAUGUGGCUGUGAAGAGGAUCCUUCCUGAGUGUUUCAGCUUUGCAGACCGUGAGGUCCAGCUGCUUCGAGAAUCAGAUGAGCACCCGAAUGUCAUCCGCUACUUUUGCACAGAGAAGGACCGGCAGUUCCACUACAUUGCCAUUGAGUUGUGUGCAGCCACCCUGCAAGAGUAUGUGGAGCAGAAGGACUUUGCCCACCUUGGUCUAGAGCCUAUCACCUUGCUCCAGCAGACCACCUCAGGCCUGGCACACCUGCACUCUCUCAACAUUGUUCACAGAGACCUGAAACCCCACAACAUUCUCCUCUCCAUGCCCAACGCACAUGGCAGGAUCAAGGCCAUGAUUUCUGACUUUGGCCUCUGCAAGAAGCUGGCAGUAGGCAGGCACAGUUUCAGCCGUCGUUCGGGGGUACCUGGCACUGAAGGCUGGAUUGCCCCAGAGAUGCUGAGUGAAGACUGCAAAGAGAACCCUACCUACACAGUGGACAUCUUCUCUGCAGGCUGUGUCUUUUACUAUGUCAUCUCUGAGGGCAACCAUCCUUUUGGCAAGUCCUUGCAGCGGCAGGCGAACAUCCUUUUGGGCGCCUGCAGCCUUGACUGCUUCCACUCGGACAAACACGAGGAUGUCAUUGCUCGUGAAUUGAUAGAAAAAAUGAUUGCAAUGGAUCCCCAGCAGCGGCCCUCCGCAAAGCACGUGCUGAAACACCCCUUCUUCUGGAGCCUGGAAAAGCAGCUCCAGUUCUUCCAGGAUGUGAGUGACCGUAUAGAAAAGGAGUCCUUGGACGGCCCGAUAGUAAGACAGUUGGAGAGAGGAGGGAGAGCUGUGGUGAAGAUGGACUGGCGAGAGAACAUCACUGUCCCGCUACAGACAGAUCUGCGCAAAUUCAGAACCUACAAAGGUGGCUCUGUCAGAGAUCUCCUCCGAGCCAUGAGAAAUAAGAAGCACCACUACCGAGAGCUCCCUGAGGAGGUUCAGGAGACCCUGGGCUCCAUCCCCGAUGACUUCGUGAGGUACUUCACCUCACGUUUCCCCCAGCUCCUCUCACACACCUACCGAGCCAUGGAGCUGUGCAGGCAUGAGAGACUCUUCCAGACCUACUACUUGCACGAGUCCACAGAACCCCAACCUCCAGCGACUCCAGAUGCCCUCUGAGCUAGGGCAGCCCCUCUGGUCUGGUGGGCCCAACAGUGACCAUGGGCCUGAUCUCUGCAGUCAUGGUUUGUUGCCUCUGGGAUUAGGAGGAAGACUAAGCUUCUCACAUCAAGUGCCUUGAGCUGCUUAUCUGCAGCCAGAAGAGGAUAACACUGAUCCUAGGAAGCUGGAGAAGUGGCCCCUCAUGACCACAGAGACCUGGGGAGAUGUGGCCCUGAAGCCUCGUAGUCAGGGAUGUCUGCGAAGGUGGGCCUGUCCCAGAGGCUGCAAAAGGAGCAACAUCAGCCUUUUCACUGGAUGAGCUCGCUUCCCUUUCACUGGAUGAACUCACUUCCACUUACAUUUCUUUCUAAAAUUCCUGUGGGGUGGCAGUUUGGGGGCCUUUCAGUGAGGGGGUGGAGGAAUCCUGUUUUGUCUACAUGCUAGAAGCAGCCUGGCUGGGGUGCACCAAGUGCAGCCUCUGCUGGAAAUGGAUUGAGAGAUGUGGGGUGCUAAGGAAGAGGACAUUCAGAGGCGUUUUCAUGGGGAUAGGAGGCACCUCCAAGUUAGUGGUAGCCUGUGAUGCUUCGUGCAGCAAGCUAUAAGCGUGGGGCGUGGAGACUAGUUAGCAGCGCCCGUGGGCAGCUGAGGUAUGUCCAUGAGUCUAGACAAUGAAGAGGACACUCAGUUCUGGAUGCAGUGCUGGCCCAGCAAAAGUGGUCCCUAAGGGGUUGAGUCCUGGCCAUGUGGCCAGAGAUGAAGAGUUCCCUGGCCACCAAGCAGGCAGUUAAGGCCAGACAGGGACAGAGACAGGUCUUAAGGGCCAGAGAGGAGGAACUAGAGGGAACUCCCCAGUCACUGGAGAGGCUCAGAACCAGAAGGUAAGUGGUAGGCCCAUCUACCCCAGGGGCUAGCAGACUAUCAUAGACUGUGAGUCAAAGCCCUGGGGUAGACAGCCAAGGGCAGGGCCACCACAGGUUUUUUAGGCCAGCUUUUGUGUUUCUCUGGGCAAAUUUUAAUGAGUAUAUUUUGAUCAUAUUGCAGAAAGCUACGUUUGCAUAAGUAAGUUAAGUGUAACUUGACACUUGUGAAGAAGAAAUGCAAGAUAUAAUAUCUUCUGUUCUGUGUGGUACCAAAAAUCACCAUUCUCUCAAGAAUGUAGAACAUUCUCUAAUGCUGAAGAGUAAGACGUUUUAGCGACACUAUGUAUUAAUGUCAAAGUAAUUACAUCAGUAUCAUUUUUCUUUAAAAUUUUAACUUUAAUUCCAGUCAGAAUCUACUGUCUUCUCCCUCCAAAGAGCUUAGAGGUUAGAAUGAAGUUAGGGUCUGUGUGGGAGGGGUCUGUGUAGAAUCACUGGAACCAGUGGGUGGUCUCUGGUGUGUGGCUGAGGCUCCAUUCUGUUCUAUGCUUAGAGUGGCCUUGGCAGCUUUAUGAACCGCACUGACCAGAGUCACUGCCCCGGCAUUCCCUGAGAGGUCUGCUGGGUGUGCUGGUACCAGGGUCGCUUACUCAAGCUUCCUCUGCUGCUGUAGAUUUUUUAUUUCCUUACUUCCGUAGUGGCCAAAGUGGGCUCUUAAGAUCUUAAAAUCCUACAUCUUUGAACCUCAUGGGUGAUGUGUGUAGACCUUGGAACCCCAGCCCCUCGGUUAGCUUCCUGCUCGUCUCUUAGCAUAGCACUUUGUUAAUGGGCCCAAGAGAGAACAGCCCUUGAUCAGUGUGAGGAGGUGGAAGCCAUGUGGUCUGACGCUUGCCUCAGGGACUGCUGUUUGCCUUGUUCCUCUUGGCCGAGUUUCCCUUUGGAAAGGGCUGAAGUCUUCUCUGAAGGCCCAGCUUGGUGUUACCUCCAAGUUUGCCUGGAGUCCGCUUUUCAAAUGUCCUUGCCUCUUAUCAGGUCAGUUUCUAGCCAGUCAAAUUUCCAAAAGUCCUCUGCUCAUCAUGCUUAUCUGAAAACUUUCUGUAGAGCUGGCGGGAUGGUUAGACACAGAUGAAUACAGGAAAGACUUCUGCCUUUUGAAGCCUCAUGAGAGUCAGCAGCUCAUAAGUGUCAGGACAGAAAGAAAACUCAAGUGGGUAGGAAGGGUAUAUAUUUGGGGUUUGCCCCGCUUGUGCCUUAAAACUGUCCCGUCUCAGAACCAAUCAGCUCUGCUCAGCUCUCUUACUGUCUGUUCUCUAGGGACCCAGACAGUUAUCAGCUCUCCAAGUAUGUAGUGAAAAUACUGGGCAUCUGAGGUGCUCGGCAAGAGACACUGUCUAUCUUCAGGCCAGGGCAGCUCUGUGGAGUUGCACAUCCUCAGAGGCUGCUAGGAUCCCUGGAAGACUGCCCAGCUGUCUACAAGUACAGCAUCUUCACUUCAGUAUGGGACUGAGCUGUGUCUGGAGUGCUAUCUUUGUUUAAACCGUGUCUUGUGUUGGACUUUCAGCUUAGGAAGUGUGCCGUUUCACGAGGCACCAAAGCACUUGCACUUUGGGCACAGAGGUGUCACUUGAUAAUCAGGUAGACCAUCUAGAGAAUGAAGGUGAACCCCUGGGUGCGGAGGUGUUCCCUGACCCUGAUACAGCAGUAGUGUAGGCCCUUCCCACGGCGCAUCACAGAGAAGGUAGAGGUCUGACGUCUGACGUCAGCAGGCGUAGCCAAAUGCUUUCCACCAAAUUGAAGAUAAGCAGGGCACUCUCCUUGGCGCCCACUGACUUUGUGGAGGUUUUGUGUGCUUGUGACUCAGUUAGCUGCAGCAGUUCCUUUUCCCAAAGUGAAAGGCUAAUCAGUUGGCUGCUGCCGUGACCUCCUACAGAGCCACCUCUGGCUGCAGGCUCUCCUGCGCUGGCUACUUGUCAUUUGCAGAGCUUUGGUCCUGUGUGCCUUCCUGCAGCUCCCUCUCUUCAGCUGUGCCAGGAUUCUUCUAUCUCUUCCUGGGUCCGCUCCUUGUUCAUUGUCUUCAUUGUCUUGGUCCAGAGGUGCAGGGAGAGCCAGAAGAGCAAGCAGCAGCUUUCCUGGAAGGAGACUCUUGAAGUUCUCUGGUAGCCCUGCUCUGUGUUUGGUUUGGUUUUCCGGCAGUUCUAGCCUUGCCCAUCCCCCACGUCUGGAAGCCAUGGUGUUGGCUGCCUGGGGCUUGGCAUCAGCUUCUCCUGAAGGUUAUCCUCCAACUGGGGUCUGACCUCUUUUAAGCCAAAGUGCCUGCUCGCUUUCUCCCCAUUCUUGAUUUUCAUGGUGGAACUAGUGAUUUUCUGUGUGGAGUUCUGGUUGCUUCUGACACUAGGUCUUUUCUGUUACUAGAAAGCCACAGAGGCACAUCUCUGAGCCUCCCUCUGCAGUAGCCUUAGCCAUGCUGCUUGCCAGGGCCCUGUGGCCUCAUCUCUCCUGUCCCCCAUGUGUUUGGUGGGUAUAGUAUUCUUUCCCAGUUUUCCCUAAAACUGUGACGGGGGAGUCCCCACUCACCUAAGCAUUACUAGUCAGCUGUGUGGCAUCCCCACAUGAAGACUUGUGUAGUUCUUUUCGCAAUGACCUAUUUAUUGAAUCUAUUUAUAUUUAUUUAAUUUUUACUCGAAUAUCCGGUUAAAAUUGCACUUGCUUAAAGCACAUCAGAUAUGUUUUGAACAAUACCCCUGACCAUUUUAAAACUGGAAAAGGAAGUUACACUGUUUCCUGCCACCUUAUGAUAGCCUUGUCUUUAAAUGGUGAAUAAUUUGGUCUGGGUAAAUGUUAAUUUUUAGAUGAUUUUUUAAAAAUCUUGUGCCAUGUGUCUUCUCUAUGGACAGUUAAUUGUUUAAUUAAUAUGUGCUGAUUGUAUGAUUCACUCCUCUUUGUGGAAACUAAAAUAUUCUUUUUAGCUUUAUAUUUUAUAAACUGCCAGACUGUACAACUUUUAUGUGUAUUUUUAAAGCUCAUGCUAUGAGGGUCAUUAUCUAAGUUAAAUGGCCUAUUUUUUUUACCUCCUGUACAGUUUUAUAAUUCUGAUCAUUGAUGAAGGCGACUUAUGCUGAGCCAACCACAAAUAAAGGUAGCUUUAGAUUUGGGA